AUGUACACCGAACGAAGAAAAUAUUAUCCACCAUUUCCUAAGUCACUUGAUGAAGCAUUUACUCAGCUUAAGGAAAAUCAAAAUGAAAACAGUUUAAUGUGUACAGGUACAAUACAAAAUAUUGAAUUUAUGACGACUUGUACUAACUUUUUUGGCGAUGGUACAUUUGAAUAUGCACCGAAGUAUUUUGUUCAGCUUUACACAAUUCAUUGUUUUAAAAAUGGCCAUUGUGUGCCUGUAGUAUAUUUUUUUUUAAAUGACAAAUUAAAAGAAACGUACAGUAACAUGUGGAAGUUUAUUGUUGAUUUAUGUUUUAAAAUGACGAACCGAGUGUUAAACAUUACUAAUUUGCACUUGGAUUUUGAACUUGGAGCCCAUAAAGCAGUGGUAGAGAUGUUCCUUCAAGUUAAUAUUAUUGGUUGCAGAUUCCAUCUAGGACAAUCAUGGUGGCGAAAGAUAAAUAGUGAAAGUAAACUUCGAAAUACAUAUAAAAAUUCUGAUGACGCCCUAGGAAAUUGGCUAAAGAUGUUUUUUGGUCUUCAAUUUAUAAAACAUGACAAAGUUGAAGAUGCAUUCGUAGAGUUAAUCGCUGUUUGCCCAAAUGAAGAAAUUGACCAAAUGUUUUUAGAUUAUGAUUUAAAUAAUUACAUAGAGCCUGGCUGUCCGUUCAAUACGAAAUUGUGGGCAAUGAAACCUUCGGAAAAUCAAAGGUAA